AUGCGGUCGCGAAUAGGAGUAUCCAUCGCAGUUGCAUCUAGACAGUUAGUAAAGAUUGCAGAUGAGCACACUCCUAUCAUCGCAGAAUAUCUCAAGACAGCGAUGAAAGAAAGAGGUCCCUACUGCGCUGAAAAAAUUUCGAUCGAUUUUGCGGCCGCGCUAGACCUAAGGUACCAUGAUUUAGUCAUCACCGCCGCAGAGCCUCUGGCACAAUCGAAAUGCCCAGAGGCCGUGUUUCCUGCCGAGGGCGCCUUGAAAAUAAUUGAGAGCUAA